AUGUCAGUUGCUGUAGAGACAUUUGGAUUCUUCUUGAGUGCGCUGGGGCUACUAAUGCUUGGAGUGACACUUCCCAACAGCUAUUGGCGUGUGUCUUCUGUCCAUGGCAAUGUCAUUACCACAUCGACCAUCUUUGAGAACCUCUGGUACAGCUGCGCCACAGACUCCACUGGUGUCUACAACUGCUGGGAGUUUCCUUCCAUGCUUGCCCUGUCUGGAACCAUCCAGGCUUGUCGGGCACUCAUGAUCACAGCUAUCCUUUUUGGCUUCCUGGGCCUCUUUCUAGGCAUUAUUGGCCUUCGAUGUACACAAGUUGGGACUAUGACAGCUGAGAGCAAAGCCAAGAUAGCUGCUACUGCAGGGGCCCUGGACAUACUAUCUGGUAUUUGUGGGAUGGUGACUAUCUCCUGGUAUGCCUCUAAUAUCACUCGUCAAUUCUUUGACCCCAUGUAUCCUGGGACCAAGUAUGAGCUAGGCCCUGCCCUGUACCUAGGCUGGAGUGCCUCCCUGAUCUGCAUCCUUGGGGGUAUCUGCCUCUGUAACCACUGCUGCUGCCCACCAGAGAGUCCCUUGAACAGUGCUCCGCUACCCUACAAGGCUCCCUUGGCUGUCCUGCCCCCAAGGACUUCGGAGGAUAGUGAAGUCAGCUUUGGCAAAUAUGGGAAAAAUGCCUAUGUAUAGAGAGACUUAGGUGGUAGCUUCUGCUCUCUUCUAUUGCACCAGUUUGGAGGAAACAGGAGGAGAGGGCAUGGGCUACCUAAAAUCAGACCCACUCCUAGCACUUUGACGCUGCCUCAGUUCUGAGCAAGGUCCAAGCACUCCAAACCCCUACUCUUACUCUAGCUCUGCCACCAGGCUUCCCCCUGAAUUUCAUGUCCCACACCCUCCUCUCUGGCCUUGAAUCACUGGGCAGCUUUCUCCCCACUGCCUUUUACCUUGGUCAGACUCUGGGAGACCCUAUGGGAUGGGGGUGGGGCAGGGACCACUGAGUAUGUGUAUUUUGUAUAAAUAAAAGUUUAUAUUGCAACCAUA